GAAAACAAACUCCCACUACCAUAAGCACCACAUCGCCAAUUCUUCCCAUUGACACUGCUAGUUUCGAGAAAGAACGGAAGAAGACACACCAAUGGACGACCCAGCCUUCGCGGUCGAAACCGACCUCUCGACGCAGAGCAUCCUCCUCGCAUCCGCCCACCACGACAUCUCCGCGCUGCGGAACCUCCUCCGUAACACCUCCGCCAACGUGCAGGACGCCGAGACGGGGUUCACGCCUCUGCAUGCCGCCAUCGCCGCCUGCGAGGAAGACGACGAUGACAACGAAGAAGGACAAGAAUCUGCACAACCCGCCGCGUCUGAUGCUGGAUCCAAGGUGAACGGCCACACGAAUGGCGUGCAGGAACAACAGGAACAACAAGAACCAGAGCUCAGCGAGCAGAGAAAGAAGGAGCUAGACGCUGCGGUCAAGACGGUCAGAUUGCUCUUUGAGAACGGCGCGAUAUGGAACGACCUCGACAUCAACGGCGAGACGCCCGGCUGCAUUGCGCGCAGGCUGGGGCUGGACGAACUGUACGAGAUGUGCGUUGACGCCGGCGUAAGGGCCGAAUUGCUACUCAGUAGGCUCGAGGAGUAUCAGUUGAUUGGCGAUGACGAUUCCGAGGAGGACGAGGACGAGGACGAGGAGGAAGGAGAGGGAGUAGAGGCAGAGGAAGAAGACGAUGACCGUACCGUCGAGAGAGUCACACAAAGCGUCAACGACGUUGCGCUAGCAGAGGGCGACGAGUCGACCCAGAACCCAGCGUACCUCUCGUCCACCCUGACCUUCGACCGCGACCGUCUGCUGGACGAGUCCUCCAACGGCGUCAUGAUGGAAUGGGAGACCACGCUCAUGCGCAGAUCCGCCGAGCGACUCCUCCCUACCGAGGGACUCCGCGUCCUGAACGUCGGACACGGCAUGGGCAUCAUCGACGGCAUCUUCCAGUCUAAGUCUCCCAAGGCGCACCACAUCAUCGAGGCCCACCCGGACGUGGUCAAGAGGAUGAAGGAGCAGGGCUGGCACGAGAAGACGGGCGUGGUAGUGCACGAGGGCCGCUGGCAGGACGUCGUGCCGCGGCUCGUCGAGGAGGGCGAGCUCUUCGAUGCCAUCUACUUCGACACAUUCGCGGAGGACUACAAGGCGCUUCGGGAGUUCUUCACUGAGUACGUGAUCGGCCUGUUGGAUCCGGCGGGCGGCAGUGAUGGCGAGGGAGGGAAGUUCGGUUUCUUCAAUGGCAUGGGCGCGGAUCGCCAGAUAUGUUACGACGUGUACGGAAAGAUUGUGGAGAUCGAUCUAUUGGAGGCUGGGUUUGACAUCGAGUGGGAGACCAUUGACGUCCCGGAUCUCGAUGCCGACGGCGAGUGGGAAGGCGUGAGGAGGAAGUAUUGGGUCCUCGAUAAAUACAGAUUGCCCACCUGCAACUUCAUGGGCUAGCGAUCGAUCAUGUCAAGUUAUCCAGAUAGAAAAUAUUAGAACCGUGAAAUAUGAACUAAGAAUGAAAAUCCUGAACAA